UCCCUCCGUGCGGACGUGUCUACGUCUCUACGUUUGUCAUAAUAAAUUUUCGUUUCGUGCGUUCAUUAAUCGUCAAGGAUGGCUCGUACUAAGCAGACGGCCCGAAAAUCAACCGGUGGCAAGGCACCGCGCAAGCAGCUCGCCACCAAGGCGGCUCGCAAGAGCGCUCCUGCCACGGGAGGAGUGAAGAAACCUCAUCGUUACAGACCCGGUACGGUCGCCCUACGUGAGAUCCGUCGUUAUCAGAAGAGCACUGAGCUUCUUAUCCGCAAACUGCCAUUCCAGCGUCUCGUGCGUGAGAUCGCUCAAGACUUCAAGACCGAUCUCCGUUUCCAGAGUUCCGCCGUAAUGGCUCUGCAGGAAGCUAGCGAGGCUUAUCUCGUCGGUCUCUUCGAAGACACGAACCUGUGCGCUAUCCACGCUAAGCGUGUGACGAUCAUGCCUAAGGAUAUCCAAUUGGCGCGCAGGAUCCGAGGAGAACGUGCCUAAUUUCGUCGUCGCAGUUGUACGCAGUCUUACUUGCAUAAGAUUCUAUACUGCAAGUAAACAUAUUCAAAAAGGCCCUUUUCAGGGCCGCAUAUAUAUCUAAAAACAAAGAAAAAAAUAA